AUGACACGCGCGUUAUUACCCCAACAACGAGGAACUUCGGGAUUUUCCGUAAGCGGGGGGCUCGCACUCGGGGUACUCCGGAAACACCGAAUGCGGAACAGAUACGUGAGUCGCAGAGGCGCAAUCCACACGCAGGCACAGAAAAGCGGAAAACAGUGCCCACCAGCUCUGCCCUCUGAUCCCAGAAUGCAUUGGACGCUGGAGCUCCUACCUCUGCCCCCUUGCCCUGAGCUUGGGGCCCAGCCUUUUAGUGGGAUACUGUGGACUCUACUGGUGCUCUUUCUCUGGUAUUGCUAUCGGGUGGGCUCUGACCCCCCUGUGGCAGGCAGGAGCCAUCCAGGAAAACUGAAGUCCAGCUCUGUUCGCUCUAGCCGGACACCUCGAUCCCCUGGGGGCACAGCUGGUGGGGCCAGGGCAGGCAGCCGAGGGGGGGUGUCUAAAGCCUCUGGGACCAGCGGCUCCCCCUGCAUCACCAUGGAGCUAGGAGAAGAGGAGGAAGAGGAGGAUGCCGAGAUGGGGCGUCGUCGUGGUUACCUCACGCCUGUGCUGAGUCACACACUCUUCCCUGCUCAAGCUGCACCUGCCAGCAAAAAGUUGUAUGACGCCUUGCAGGAGUAUGCCAAACGUUACAGCUGGGCAGGCAUGGGGAGGAUUCACAAAGGACUGAGGGACCAGGCCCAACUCAGCGAUCGCUCAUCUAUCCAGAAGCCCCAUCUCUUUCAUCUCCCUGAUGUUCCCAGCAUCCCUUUCUAUCCACGUGAUGCCCACCGGCACGACAUCGAGGUCCUAGAGGCCAACUAUCCCAUCAUCUUUGCGGAGUUCCAGGCAGUGUAUCAGCGGGGUGUGGACACCAAGCUAGGAUGGACCUAUGUAGGGCCAAAGGGGCAGGCUGUGUUCCCGCUGUACAACGCCGGUGUCUGUGUGGUGAGGAACUGCCGCUCCUGCCCCUACAGCUACCGCACCCUCCUCUCCCUCCGCACCUUCAUCGGCAGCAACUCGCUGGGCGCUGCUGGCUUCUGGAUCCUGCGACCUGGUGCCGUGCUGGGGGGGGGCUACGGGCCCACCAACACUCGGCUGCGUUGCCAUCUGGGGCUGCAGACUCCUCCACAGUGUGAGUUAGUGGUCGGGGGGGAGCCUCAGUGCUGGUCAGAGGGACACUGCCUCCUGGUGGACGACUCUUUCCUGCACACAGUGUCACACAAUGGUGGAGCAGAAGAUGGACCAAGAGUGAUAUUCAGUGUGGACCUGUGGCAUCCAAACAUUGCUGCAGCUGAAAGACAAGCCUUGGACUACAUAUUCUCACCUGAGAAAUAAACUACAACUCCCAGAGUGCUCUGUUUUUACUGCCCAUUCCUUAUUAAGAGGAAGAGGUAUUUUGUGAUAUACUGUGCUGUUACACAAACAUUGUAACCUUUGGGGCAGACAAAAGCCUGCUGUCUAAGGUGUUCUGGACUUUGAGAUUCUCGGGGUUUGCAAAGUUUUACUUCAGAAUCUGUCUGAUAUAUCGCUGUACAAGACACUAUGGACUCUGAAUAUAGCACCUCCUUAAAACUGUGAAGUAGAAUAAGGUGCAUUCCUACCUGAGUGAACACAUUGUCUGCACCUUUCCUCCUGGUUUUGUGCCUGAACAGUUUUGAUGUAAGUAAUUCUGAAAUACUGUGACAUAUUCCUGAGUGCUUGUCUAAAUCUGUAUUCAAAACACGUCUGCUUUAUGUGGUUACAUAAAUUGUGUAAAGAUGUAUUUUAACACAUAUCUUUGAAACAUAUAUUCACACUGAGAAUAUAAAAUGUGUCCACUAAUGCAUGUAUAGAUGUGAUGGAAUGUUAAUACAUUGUUGAUAAAAAAAAACAAGA